AACAAACAAAAUAAAACCUUAUUUUAUGUCAAUUUGUUCUGUUUGCCAAGCUGUUCACGAAUCUUCAAAGUCCAAAUAAAGUUUCCCACCUCUCUAUAAUUUCUUCUCUUUGUCAAAAUUUUCAUCAUUCUCUCGCUGCAUUCUUCCUCUUUAAUCAGGGUUUUUCAUCGACUCUCAUCUCCCUUCGUUGUUGAAGAAUCAAUCAUCAAUCAUGACUCGCGGUAACCAGAGAGAGAAAGAUCGUGAAAGGGCUGCAGCUAGAGUUGGUGGUUCUAAAGGAAAGCCUGGAAAGAAUGAUGGGUUGACCCCUGAACAACGUAGAGAAAGGGAUGCAAAGGCACUGCAGGAGAAAACAGCUAAGAAAGCAGGUCAGGAUGCAGGAGGGAAUAAUGCUGGUGGAAGCAAAAAAUAGGCAAUGAUUUGAUUAUUAUUAUUAUUAUUAUUGAUAAGGUGUUGUUGGUUUUAGACAUUUGUGGAAAAUUGAAAAUAUCUGUAUUUCAUAUUCUAGUUGUCUUCUUUUAGUAGUUUAGAAUCAUGUGUUUAUUAUUGUCAUGUGGGGUAACUCAACAGAUAAUUGGUGUUUCCUUGAAUGGGAUUGAUGUUGGAUGCAGAGCCAGUAACUUUGUAUUGUAUCUUUGUUUGGAAUACUAGCAUUUUUGUGAUGAUGUUGAUCAUGUGUUCUCUGCUA